CGCGCAGUCCUCUUUCUUCCUUUCCGACACUCGAGCGAAAGAGACAAGAUGGGCCACCAGCAGCUCUACUGGAGUCACCCCCGAAAAUUCGGCCAGGGAUCCCGAUCCUGCCGGGUUUGCUCGAACAGACACGGUCUGAUCCGUAAAUACGGGCUCAACAUGUGCCGCCAGUGCUUCAGGCAGUACGCCCACGACAUCGGGUUCCUCAAGCUGGAUUAAAUGUCUUCCUCGGAUGGGUCCGGUGGGCCGUGAUGGGAUGAUUUAGCACUGCAAAUAAAUGUGUUUUUUUGUCCAAACUAAA